AGUGAAUCCACAACGACAUAUCAUCAUGUGUUGAGCGAAUAGACCAAGUGGAUUUUCAACAACAGUGAGAUAUUUGCAUCAAUAGCUAAUGUAAAUAUGGAUCAAUGGAGCUUGAAAAAUAUCCUAAAGUUUCAGACACUGAGUGCUGAUAUGGACAGCCAGAGAUACCUAUCACAGAAUGUAUCCAAGGUUCUAGAAGAUAUCGGGGUCAGCAAAUACAUUGUUGAAAAGAGGAGGAGAACAUGGCUUAUGCUGGAGACCAAUGCCUCUCUCUCUGCUAAGCUUUCUGGAUCAGAUAUCACUGUGUAUCACUUUGGGAGUCAGAGUGAAGGCACAACCACACCCGGAAUGAUGUCAGAUGUUGACAUGUUAUCCAUGUAUAAUAAUGAAGUGGUUCUGCAAGAGUUUAGUGACUUUCAGCCUGGAAAAAAGUGCCUCCUUAUGGUAAAGACUGAUUCUUCUCCUCCACAACACUGCUACCUCCAACGAUUAAAAUUAGAUCUCCCACAACCAUUGACAAAGCGACUUUGGCCUGAUGAUGUUAUUGAUGACAAGGGACGAGUCCUGAUAAGUAACACAUGGUUUGAUAAGAUACUUGGUGAAGAGGGGAAGGUCUUGUCUCACGGUCCAUCUAGAAGUUGGAUGGAAGAAGUCGACAUUGUGGUCGCUUUUUCCUGCGAAAAACUUCCAGAGGAAUGUAAGUUUAUGUUUCACAGACCGCGCCCUGGACACUGGCCUAAACUUGAGACAUUGGGCAGAGCCAGGAAACAGCCAGCAUGUCUUGUACCUCAAGGGCAUCCAGAAACUCCAUGGUUCUUACCGGAGUGGAGAUUUUCUACUUCACUGAUAGAGAGGUUGCUUGUGUUUGACUUCACAACAACACAGAUCAAGGUGUACACAUUGCUAAAAAUGAUCAGGAAAACCUUCAUUAAACCACAUCUUGGAGAAAAAUUCAGCACUUUUCACAUCAAAACUGCAAUGAUGUUUACUAUUGAAAGUUAUCCUGAGGAUAUUUGGAGGGAGGACAAUAUUGUGCAGUGUGCCAUCUAUUGCCUCACAACAAUACAAAGAUGGCUGAAGAUAGGUCAUUGUCCCCACUUUACUAUUGCUGAUGUGAACUUGUUUGUUGGAAAACUUCAUGAGAAUGAUAGGGUGUUUGUCUAUGAUUUCAUAUCCAGGAUUAUUUCGGACUGUUUGCAGUGUAUAUUUUUCAUUACUAUGGAUGAUUUUGGUUCAAAACUCUUGAAACAAAUCGCUCCGCUGAGGUGUGUGAGUCGUGUUGAUGCAUUGAGUGAACGGAUUGAAACCUACACAUCCAUUAGAAAGGACUUGUAUAUCAAAAUACUGAAAGGUCUUUGUAGAUUACGAAUUCAAAUACUUGAACAGAUGGACACGCAUAACUCCCUAUGUGAAAAAGUGUUGUUGCUCUUGGAAACAGAGUUUAGUGGCAUUGGGUCUAAGGGUACAGAAGCAGAGAGGACCAUAAGUAAAAUGCUUUUUCCAAUGAUGUUUGGGCACAUUGCAUCGGCUAAAGCUUCAUUGUGCAUUGAAAGAGGGUGUGAAGUAGGUACAGACAUUUCCAGUCUCUAUGAGAAGUCAUUCAAGUUUGACUUGUUAUCAAACAGACUCAAGUAUGCCUUUAUGUUGUACUGCAGUGGGCAGUAUCAGGCAGCUGCCAAGGAGCUUUCAUUCUGUGAACAUCUGUUUGGGUACCAUGUCUGGAACUUCUGCAGUUGUAGUAAACAUGGAUCAGACCCUGACAUGGACGAUGAAGGAUUUAACUGGGCAUUACAUCACAAUGAGCAAUACUCACUUCAAAUAUGUGUAGCUUUGUGUGUAAAGUUUUCAAGAUUUGAAACAUUUUGCAUACCAAAGCAUUUAGGGUAUGAGAUGUAUAGGACACACACCCUUGCAGACUUCCAGGAAAGACACUUCAAGAAUGAUGCCUGGAUGAGUUAUGCCGUUGUUGAUGCUGUUCCGCUCAUGUUUUACCUCCAGUUCCUCACAUACAGGCAACUCAACAUGUCUGAGAAAAAGGUAACUGCCUUGGAGAAACUAGACAGCUACGCCUUCUACCCCAGGGGCUCCCCAGGCCAUAUAGACACUAUCUGCAACAUGCUGGGGCACUGCUACGAGCUGGAGAACAACCUGGAAGAAGCUUCGACCUUUUACAAGGAUUCUUUAUAUGUGAGGCCAAGAAACAAUGCUGCCAUCUGGCACAUCAUCCGACUGAUACGCAAUGCUUUAUACAAGCAAUAAGUCUUGGGUUAAUUUUAGACAUUUUUAUGUUAGGUUUUUUCAUGGCCAACAAUAAAAGGUAGGUAGGUCAGAAUCAUUAAACAGUCGAAAUCUGUUUGCUCGAUACCUGAGGGAGCAGCCAAAACACUUUGAGCAUCGCGAAUAUAGAGCUUAGCAGUUAUGGUUACAUAGAGUAAAAAAAAUUGGUCUUUCACAUCAAGUUCGAGCUAACAAGGAAAUCAAGUCGAGCCAUAUCAAGCCGACAGGCUUCAACUGUAUAUACACUAUUUAUAUUUUAGUUGUGUCUCAUAUUCAUUCACACUUUAAGAAGGCACAAUUUGGUCUAGGUUCAUUUAUGUGUCUUUCUUGUGCAAAAAACUAUGAACUCUGUAUCCAAAA